UAUUCUGCGUUUAUAUUUCGUAAACUUAAUAUAGAACAUCGAAUGUUAUAAAAGUAACAAUCUUAUUGUUUUUUAUUUUUGUCAUAUGUGUACGUAUACAUGUGUGUGGAUGUUAUAAAGCUUUCCAUGAAUGAAAAAAUGUUUUAUUUAUGAAGAUAUAAAUAAAAAACAUUCAAAAAUUAAAAACAAAAUUAUAUAGAAAAAUAACCAAGAAAUUGAAAUUCAAAAAUUUUAUAAAUAAUAGAUAAGUUCUACUAUUCAACACUUGAUAAAGUAAUGGUUAAUAAAAAAUUAUUUCUUAAUCACAUAUGUAUUAGUAAUUCUAAGAAAAUGUAAAGGUGUCCUUAGUAUAUGAUUUAAUUUCUAUCUUAAGUCAAUAUAUUUGUUGAAACUUUUCUGAAAAUGGUGCCACUUGGACCAUCACCAGGGCAUCAAACAUCUGUUAAUAACACUGCAACUGCUCCAACCACUGGUACUAAAAGCAGUUCAACAUUAAAACCAAAUUAUACAUUAAAGUAUACAUUAGCAGGACAUACUAAAGCAGUUUCUUCUGUAAAGUUCAGUCCUAAUGGAGAAUGGCUUGCUAGUUCUUCUGCAGAUAAAUUAAUUAAAAUAUGGGGAUCCUAUGAUGGGAAAUUUGAGAAAACUAUAUCUGGCCAUAAGCUUGGUAUUUCAGAUGUUGCAUGGUCUAGUGAUAGUAGAUUGUUAGUAUCUGCUUCUGACGAUAAAACUUUAAAAAUAUGGGAAUUAAGUUCUGGAAAGUGUUUAAAAACUUUAAAAGGUCAUAGUAAUUAUGUCUUCUGUUGCAAUUUUAAUCCACAAUCAAAUCUAAUAGUUUCUGGUUCUUUUGAUGAAAGUGUUCGAAUAUGGGAUGUUAGAACUGGAAAAUGUCUAAAAACAUUACCUGCUCAUUCAGAUCCUGUAAGUGCAGUUCAUUUUAAUAGGGAUGGAUCAUUAAUUGUAUCUAGUAGUUAUGAUGGAUUAUGUCGAAUUUGGGAUACAGCAUCUGGCCAAUGCUUAAAGACUUUAAUCGACGAUGAUAAUCCUCCUGUAUCUUUUGUAAAAUUUUCACCAAAUGGAAAAUAUAUUUUAGCAGCAACAUUGGACAAUACAUUAAAGCUUUGGGAUUAUAGUAAAGGAAAAUGUUUGAAAACAUAUACAGGUCAUAAAAAUGAAAAAUAUUGUAUUUUUGCAAAUUUCUCAGUUACAGGAGGAAAAUGGAUUGUUUCGGGUUCAGAAGACAAUAUGGUAUAUAUUUGGAAUUUGCAGACUAAGGAAAUUGUACAAAAACUGCAAGGUCAUACAGAUGUUGUAUUAUGUACGACGUGUCAUCCAACCGAUAACAUUAUAGCUUCAGCCGCCCUUGAAAAUGAUAAAACUAUCAAAUUAUGGAAAAGUGAUACAUAGAAUAUAUAUUAUGUUAUUCAUAAUAUCAUUAAAAAUCCUACAAAAA